GAGUCGCACACUUCGUCAAAACCCUUUCGGUUCCUCGAAAGUUCAGCAGCAGAGACACCAGGAGUUGCUUACUCUAGCAGCUCUCUACGAAGCUAACAAUGGCGUCAUCAAAGGUCGUCUCGAGGUUAUCGUCGCGAUUACAGCCACUCGCUUUCAAUCUCGGCAAAAGAUCGCUCGCGCCCGAACUUUCUCCGCUCAAAUCGUGCUCUCAGUCGCAGGCCUCUGCCUCUGCCCCCGCCAGACGCUUUUCCCGCAUUUCUCGAUUACCGUUGGAGUUAAGCAGCGUGGAAACGAUGACGCCGUUGCACAGUGCGAUAGCUUCGGCGCGACUAAUCUCGAGCUUGUCGGCCGAAUCAAAUAGCUGGUGUUUAGUUCCGCAAGGUAUAUCAAUGCCUUUAUGACUCUCAGCACGAGUUCUUACGAGGCAGCAGUUUUGUUUGAUGGCAAUUUUAUUUUGUUCUGACUUUACAGGCCUGUAUUGAACAGUUCUUUUGUCCUUUAUAAAGAACAUAAGCCUCAACUGAUGUUACGUUAGUGCUUAGAUUGCUUCUGUUCACCUUCAUUUUUUUUUUUUUUUUUUUUUUUUUAAUGUUGUUUUGAAUCUCCAUGUCCUGGAGCCUGGAUGAUUUUUUGUUAGCCAUAAUGAAAUGGGCAUCUUUAUGCCCAGCAAAGUAGUACAUAGCUUUGCUCUCUUGUUAUUUA